GUCCCGGAGGCGCUGAGGCCGCACGGAAGGAGAGCCGUUGGGGCUGAGGGAACGCCGACGCGGACGGUCAUGCACUUUGGGUUUAUUUCAUUUCAUCACCUGAGCAACCAUCUGAACAGAUGCAACAGAUAGUGACUGGCCCAAAGCAACCCAUUGAGCAUCAUGGUUGGGCCUUACAAAGCAUCUAAAUGGAGCAAAGAUGCCACAGAAGGAUUCCUGCUGGAUGUAUGUGUGCUUGCAAUCUACAGGCAUGUUGGCAGACUUUCAACCAGGACUUUUCCUUCUUAAAUUCUUACGACUGUCCUGAGUAUUAAUGAUCAUGGAAAUUAAAUUAGAAGUUCUAGCUUCAACGUGUAUCAAGCAAAAGAAGCCCUGGCCUCGAAUCAUUUGGUUGGGACAGGAAAAGGAGGCUGUAUUUCUUCUGGAUGACAAAAACAUAAAUGAAAUUAACUUACUUUCGGGAAAGACAAAAAAGAAGAUCCCUCAGUUACAUCCUUUACUGAAAAAUGUCGUAGUCUUAACAGCAUCAAGAAAUGCGGCUUGGCUGGCAGGGUUGCUUGAAACAGGAGAGUUCUUUCUUUGGCACAAAGAUCAAGAUGAUCUAAAAACUGUUCCAGCAGUCGAGGAAUCUAAAAAAGCAGUCAUGACAGCAAAAGAAUGUUCUUUGAGGCUACAUCUAUAUAUUUCCGACGAUGGGAAAAAAGUGCUCCUUGCUACUUCCAUUUGUGUCUUUGUGUGGGAGAGCACAGAAUGUGAAAAUACAUCCUCCAAACAUUCUUUAAUGGGGCAGUGGUCGCAAAUUAUCCCUGAAGCCUCAAUUGCAUUGCCAUCUGUCGAAGACAAAGAAACUACAGUGAGUGCUGAAUUCAUCAAAAAUGAGAUGCUGGGUGACUGCUGCCUAUGUUGCUUUGCAUUUUGUUCUGCGGAGUGUUUAAUGCUAACAUUUUUAGAAAUUCGAUGGCAGGAGAACAGUUUUAAAAGUGCUAGUUCUUCUCCCUUUCGGAUACACUGGGCACAGCCGACGUGCUCUCUGCGUAGUUUGAUCCCCUGUUGUGAGGCAAUGAAAUCAAGAGGUGCUCUGCUGACUACAUUUUCAAAUGAUGGGCUUGUACUAGCAAUUGCUGUCAAUCAAAAAGAUCCUCAGGCAACUCAAAUCCUGUUUAUGAACACAGUGAAUUUUGUUACUGUCUCUGGUAGUGUUAAGGGUUGUGGAAGCAAGAAUCGGAACGUUCCAUCAAAGUUUAUAAGGUCCUACUGGAUUGCUAGCAUGAGCUGGACCCCUGAUAGCCUGUUCUUGGCUUGCAUGUUAAAACGUGGCUCAUUGAUCCUAAUGACAUGUUUGGGUGAACUUCUGACUUUAGUUACUUUUGGUUGCUCUGUAGAGUUUGGACCAGCAGAAUUUGUUCCUCUGCAUCCAUUAGUAACAUACAGAUCACACCUUGCUCUGCUUCAAGACUCAAAUCACUCCCAUAAUUCAUCAGCCUCUGAAGGAGACCAUAUGAGGCAGAGAUUUUCUGUAACGUCCCAUCCAAGGUUACCUUACCUCAUUGUCUCUGAUGGGUACAACGUCACGGUUCUUAGAUUUUGUGACAGUUUUUCACCAUCGGCAUUUUUGAGAACAUUGCUGCUCGAUUCAGCCCAGAGACUUGAAAAACUACGGCACAGUCUGGCUGCAUCUAAGCCUAAGGGGAAAAAACUACUACUACAGUCAUUGUCCUCCUUAAGAGUUAGUCUGUUACAGAACCAUCAAAAUGAAAGUUCUGCCCUCUCUGUGAUUCCAAAAUUUCUGCAAGAAGAGAAAGGAACAGAACAAAAUGGGAAAGCAGAAGGCUUUCAGGAUUAUGCUGAAGAUUCUGAUGAAGACAAGCAGUUUCAUUCUUUUAUUUUUGGGAGCCAAAACACUCAGACCUCUUUGAGCGAUGAAGGCAGGCUGGAAUUUGCAUCAAUGUUUGACACCAUUCAUGCAGUGGAUGGAACGGAAGAACAAACAGAUGACAUAUCUUUAGAACUGAACUACAUCCAAAAAAAUCUGCUUGCCGCUUGGAGAGUGGGAAUUUCAAGAAGUGUACGAGAAAGAGAUACAUUGCUAAGUUGUACCAUACGUUGCAUUCUGCACUUCUUUAGCAUUUUACAGUUAAAGUUAAAGCUUAACUUUUCAAAUUUAAAUAGCUCUUUAAGGGAUAAUCCAUGGAUACACUGUGUCUUAAACUGUUUUCAGCAGUUUCUGACUCUCCUGAGUUGGAAUGGCAUGCACAGACAGACACUGGGACAUUUGAUCAAGCUGACGUCACAUACGCUAAAACUGAUGCUUGCUGAACAGCAUGGCCAGCUGUUUUCUAGUCAUCUUUUGGGAGGUUUCUCUUUGCUUAAAGUGGUUACUUGUUGCCUAAAUGGCAACAGUGUGCCCCAGUAUGAGAUAUUUCCAGCAUUCCUGGAUGUUAGUAGCAAUGUGGAGCUGGACUGCUUAGUUAUGCCUUUGUUUCAAACUAAGGAUUGGAGUGGUCAUCAGAAUUACUGUGCAGUGAAAUCUGUACUCAGACACUCUCCUCCAAUGGUAAACCUGGGAGUGAAUCCAGAAAAGAGGUUAACUGUACUGUGGCGAUUACUGUAUGAGCAUGUUCUUUGGUAUCAGGCACAGGUAAACAGGAAAAUGCUUAACUCAAGUAAACUGCUGUCUGAAAGACAAAUUGUACAUGAAGAACCAAUUAUUGAAGCUCUUGCAAAUCAUAUACAGGCCAUCAUGCAGUCUUCAGGAGAGAAACUGGACAAAACACUGAAACUUAGCUCUGUGGCUGGUGAGGAACAAUUUCUGGUAGGGUCUUACAAAGAAUGUGUGGAGACAUGGGAGAAAGCUCUUCAGGAAACCAAAGGAAAAGGAGGAAAGAGAACACCCUUUCUUCAGACUCGACACUACCUUGCUAUAUUAUAUUGUCAUCUGUAUCACUACAGUCUAAGUGAAGCUCAAGGCCUGUGUGAUCAUCUAGUGCAUGAGCUACUAAAGCGAACUAAUAUUUCUGUAAGCAAGAAGGGCGACAUCUCAGAUGCUGAACUCUUGAUAAGAACAGUUCACACUGAGGCAAUCCUGGCAGUGGUUCAGUCGCUGGCUCGCUUCAUGGCAGCCUACUUCACCAAUGAACCACUUUUUGUGCUUCCUCCACAUAAUGUUGCUGUGUUACCUCCUCUUCACAUCAGGCCAGACAGGUAUCCUCGUGUUGUCCCACUGCAGCAUUCCAAAAUCACCAGUGCAAUUAGGGAUCAGGGUCUUUCUUGUGUCUGGACAGCUGAAUAUGCUCUUGACUUGUUUCUGAUUGGUGGGCUAAUUCCAGAAGCUGUGUGGCUGGCACACAAGCUUGGAGAUUGGAAGAUGUCUGUUUCAAUUGGUGUCACUUUUAAUCAGUAUUGCCAAAGUAACGACGGCUUUUCAAGGUCACGAGAAGUAGAACUACGCUUGCCACUGUACUUGACUCCAACACAAAUUUUUCAAGAACGAUUACAGUCUUUGAUGGGUCAGCCUGCCAGUGUGGAAACAUCAAAUGAAGGAGAAUUGAAAUACAAACAAUUUACAGAUCCCAUUGAGGAGGAAGAUGCAAAUGUGCUUUUCAAAUCGGUUGAAGAAAUACUGAAAGCAGCUGUUAUGGCAGAUGCAGAUAUUCUUUCAGAGAUAUUUCAGCUCUUAAUGGACUGUGCCAAGGACUUUAGCAGAAAGUUCUACAAUUUGGUGCCUGAAGGCUUGUAUCUUCCUGCUCCGCCCUUAUACUGUCCUCAGCCAGCAUUUCCUAGCGAAGAAGAAUGCACCGAUUUGCCAUUGAAAAUAGAAAGAGAGUGUCGCCAGAAGGUUUCCGGGGUGGUUCAACGAAUUCUUCUCCUUUUCCGGGCUGCUCAUUGUUCUUUCCCUGCUGCUCAGUGGUAUCUCAUUCAACUGAAAUGGGCACGAAAAAUAAUGCAAAAGAUUCGCAGGAAAGAAGCUCUUCCAUUGUUAAAUGAUCUUCCUGAAAAUUUGCUCAAUUAUUCUAAAUCUCAUACAGUAUUCUUUACACCUAAAUCAUUUGGGGACGCUGGAAUUGAUGUUAUUUCAUGUAGGACAAUAGAAUGCUUUAGGGAACUGUGUGCCUUAUGUUGGAUGCUUCAUGUUCGUGAAAAGUUGUCAGACAGUUGCAGACGGUACCAAACUGCGAGAGAGAAUUCAGAAAACCAGAAAGAAAGCAGUACUCCCGAAUUUGAUGCCUCCAUAGUUGAGUGCUGUCUGAACGCAUUGGAAUGGGCUUGCCGAAUGCUUCCUUUUGCUACAUUCAUGAAUGUUGAAGAACUUAUCCAGGAUAUCAUUCUGAGUCUUAUUGGAGAAUUGCCACCAAUCCAAAAGGUGGCAGAAAUUUUGGUGAAAGCAUUUCCAAACCGUGAAGAUGUAAGAGUCCCAUUAAGGGAUAAAUACAAUGGUCUGCACCAGCGACUAAGACACUGUGUAGUCAAAGGCCCCAACAGUGAAAAAAUGAUGUCCGCCAUUAUAGAAGCUGCUCAUAAAGUGAACCUGAAAACAUUAAAGCAUGUGAUAAGGAAUAUAGGGCCAAAUCAAAGAAAUAUCUGGGAGCCGCCUGAAGAGGAGAACCAAGAUCUUGGAACUUGCUGCUAUGAUGGAUUCUCUUUGGGAACUAGCCUAAGCAGAAGCACAGUAUCUGAUGUGGGGAACCCUCAGGUUUACAGUGAUACUGAAACAGGAGACUCAGUCUCUGAAGCUUUGCCAGUGGACGAAACAAGAAAGAGUAUUCUUUCACAGAUGCGAGAAGAAUACAGGGAAAUACAUAACUGUGGAGUGGACUUAUCAGGAUAUAAGAGCGCUUCUGAAAAGUUGAGAGACUUCAAUGUGCAAGAAGCAGACAGUAAAAGAAAGACCAAUAAAGCCCUCCCUGAGCAUCAUGCUUUGCCUGUGGUUGGUGUGUGGGAAUUUGAACGUGAUGAUGAUGAAUACAUGAAGUUCUUAGACCUCUUUUUGACUUACAUACUUGAAAGAGAUCACAUUAGUCACAGGGACUCAGCAGUUCCUUUUCUGAAGAGCUUUUCAGCCCUCCUUAGGGAGCAUGAAUUGAACUCCCUCCUUUUUGAUGUCCACACAACACUGAAACGUCGGCAGAAUAGAACUAAAAGCAAAAAUGUUUUUAGAGCUGGUUCUUCUUACACCCCUAUUUUGAAGCCUAGUAAUUCUCAAGCAGCUUCCUGGAGUGAUGAAAAGAAAAAAGAAUUUAAAAAACACUCUUCAUCUGCCUCUGUUCAACCUGCUUCUGGCCAUGACUCAGUGAUGAGACUCACUGUAAAAAGAGGAUUAUUUGGUCUAAGCCCACAGUCAAUUUAUGGAGCCAAUUCCAGUAAAGGAAUAACUCUUACACCAGUAUUAACUCAGCGUUCAUCUGACCAUGCUUCUUCAUCUAUCCAAACACCUCCAGUUCAUAAAUAUAUCUACAAAGCCAUUCAGGCAACUGAUGAUACACAAAGACAGGAGUUUUCUCCAGAAAUAAAUAACAAAUUUGACAAUAUUGCCCGCUUACUCGAAUGGAUGAUCAGAUGGUGUGAUAGGCAGUUGCUUUAUGAUCGCAUCUCAGCAGAUCCGCUUCAACAGUGCCAGCCAAUGAUGCAUGUGAAAACAUCUGCAUCUGCCAUCCUUGCUUCAUUCUGUCUUUUGGAACGACAGCACAGCAGUGAAUCACGAGAUCAAAAUGCUCACAUUGGGAAUCCGAGGAAACCAUGUGCAAGUACCCGUUCAUCAGGUUUUUCAUCCAAACUAGAGAAAGAAAGUAGUGUGGAUACAGGCUAUUCUCCAUCGUCUGAAACGCCAGUUGUUAUCCAAGAUGGAAAUGCUAAUUGCGAACCUUAUGAAAGUAUUUUAAGGACUUUACAUGAAAAGCAACCUGAGAAGAAAGAAAUUGAUUUUGAGGAUAAUUCUGUAACAGAUGACACAAAGAAUGGAGGAAGAGAUUUUGAUGAUGAUCUGAUAGAAGUGGGAGGAAGCUUGUCAGAUGAAGCAGAUGUGACGUCUGAAAACGAAGAGUUUUGUGAAGAACCGUUUGCAGCUUCAAGGAGCCCCACCAUUUCGGUCAGCAUUAAAUCAGUUCAACCAAAAAAGCAACAUUCAUCACCUAGUGAUGAAUGCCCACAGGAAGAACCAUUGAUGGAAACAUUGGAAGGCGAAAGGAAAGGGAAAGGAAAAACGACCAACUUAAAUAGUACUACACAUGGGACAUUUCUCAAUGAGAAUCCUUGUUCAUCCAUUCCUGAAAUGAAGGCAGAAACUUCUAGUGUAGAGAUCUCACUCUCAGAUGAUCAGCCAUCUUUGACUGUUGUGUCAAGUGUUUGUUCUAGUAAUCCUGCUGGUUCAAAGCAAGAAGAAGCUGAUGCAAAAGAUCAGCCAUCUUUGACUGUUGUGUCAAGUGUUCCCAAGCCUGUUGGUUCAAAAGAAGUCGCUUCAGCAGACCCAGCACCGCAGCCAUUGAACAUUUCAGAUACUGUCAAGCAAAUGCUUCAAGAUGAAAUGUUUAAACUGGUUCAGCUGCAGCAGAUCAACUUUAUGAGCCUCAUGCAAGUGGUGGGGUCAUCUUUGGCCAGCUUGCCUGGCACGUCACAGAAUUUGCAGCAGUCACAGCCAUCUCACAGGGAAAGGAGCCAGGCUUCAAACACUGCAGGAAAUGACAUGGAUACGUGUCCCCCAGAACACGGUCCUUCAAAGAGACAAGUGCCUCCUCUAAAAAACACUUCAGAUUCUAAUAAGAAAAGUUCCAGUCCUCAGGAAGAGAAUGUUCCAGCUGAUCAAAAUUGCAGUGAAAAUGUGCACAAUCUUCCACGUGUUGGUGAUGCUUCAGGGUUGCCAGAGAGCCAGUCCAUUGGAACAAGGCUGAUUCCACCACUUCAGGAGUUGCUUCAUCAGGCCUCACCCAGACCGCUACCUCUACUGUCAGCUUCCCUUAAUGCUAAAACAACCCCUAGGCUUAUUCCACUGGCAAAGCCCAUGAAUAAUGCAAAUGGAUUACCUCUGCUCAAACUUAAACCAGACUAUCAGUUCUACUCACUAAAUAUUUGCCCAGUAAAACUCCCAAAAUCUUUAAGUGGACCAUUCCCACAACCUCGAGAAGCUUGGGGUCCAUCUCCUGUAGUGGAGAAUCCUCAGGGUUCACAGACACCACCAAACAAAAGUGAAUCAACAGCAUACCUAAAACUGAACUAUAAUCCUGAAGUUAUAAGACAAGCAUUUGAGGAGGAGAACAAGUGCCCAGAAGUGAUGGGUGAGGGACCUUCCAGACACUUGCACCUGCCUAAAUAUGACAAAAAGGAAAAUGUGGCACCUUCAGAACCUCCUCAUGCACAUCUAAGGGCAGAGAAACCACUAGUGGACCAUGAAAUUUCCCUGCAUAAGACAUGUGAAAAUUUUGCUCAAAUUCCCCUACUGCGUCUGAGGCCUUAUCAACAGUGCAAAUAUCCUUCAUCUUUAAGGCCUCUUAAACUGACAGCAAAAGACAUGGAUUCCAGAAACUCCUCAGGGGAAAAAGGAAUACCAUUACUCUAUGCUAAUUUACCUCCACUCACUAAGUUUCAAAUACCAAAGCUCAUACCACUUCAGAAUCUUAUUGAAUUUGAGCAAAACCGUCAGAUUGCUCAAGCCCCAUUUAUUGGAUAUAAAGACCAUCCUAAACAGAUCCAGUUACUAAAAGCUGACAUUAAACCUUUUGAAGCAAGAGAAGACAGGAAUAAUAAAACAAGGCAGAGGAGGCGUGUCAAGAAACAGAUCAAGGAAAAAGAAGAAAGGAAGAAAGUAGCUGUGACUUUUCAACAAGAUGAUUCCACCAUUCUGCCUGGUGUUGUAGAGAAGACAAAGGAUGACCAAGUGGAAUCCAACUGUGACCUUAAUGAUGGUGACCACUUGCUGGACCCAGAGGCAGUUAUUUCGUCAGCAGGACUACAUUACUUGGCUUCUGUACAGAAAAGACCUACAGAUCUUCACGAUGCUAGCACAAACACAGAUCCUGUUCUUAAAUCACAUCAGGAUAUGCAAACGGUCUCAGAAGAAAUAGUUUCUGAACCUGAUAAAAAUCAGCCCAUCAUCUCUGUUCUGGCAUCAGAAUCAUUGCCUUCAUGUGUUCCUGAAACGUUGCCACCAAAUGUGUACUUCAAUCUCAGAUUCCCCACUGAAGCCACAGAGGUGCCCUUACCAUCUUCCUUAUCUAAUGCUGCAGCUGAUUUGGCUGGACGGAAGUAUAUCAACGUGAUUGACAUAGAAGAUCAUGACCUUCUGAAAAACUUGCCAGAGGUAUCGGAGCCUGCAGUGAAGGACAUUGGCCUGCAGCCCAAGAAGCCUGAAGUCGUGUCUUCUGCAAAACUGCAUCACAUGGCAGCAUCCGUUACCAAUGCAAUCCCACCUGAAGAAUUUGAAAAUGAAGGGCAUACGCUUCAAAUGGAACCAUCACAAGUCUCAUCGGAGCAUUUAGAGGCAGAAGUGGCUGGCGAUCAGCUAACACUGAGUCUACUGCAAGAGGAUUUCAGAAGUCACUCCUCUCCAAGACGAUUAGCCAAACAAAUCAGCAGACAGCACUUUUCUGCCAGACUACAACAAAUGGAUGAGAAGCUACUAGCCCUACAGAACAUAGCAGAGAGAAUAGAGCAAGAAUUCAGAAACACUGAACUGCUGGCAAACAUACCACAAGAUGAAAGUGGAGGCAUGGUAGCUGAUUCAGGAGACUAUGACAUUUCCUUCUAUGCACCAGGUGUUAAAGUCACCAAGGAAGAACGUUAUUCAACCCGUUUGAUCAUGGAGGAUUUCACCGAGGAGGAAGAUGGUUUAAAACCAGACUCUUUUCAAAACAACCGUGCUGCCUUGCAGACUCCCUUCGUUUCUCGUUCAGCAUCAGCAGCUGACCUUCCCAGUGUCAGAAAGUCAUCCUCAGAUAUUUAUACUAGACUUGAAGAACUGGAUGAAAGUUUCUCAGAAGAUCCUUUGCAAAUUACUGGCCUGAGCGGUGUAACUGACAUCAUCUCUGAUCUCGUAAGGGAAGGCAGCAUUUCAGCUGCAGAACUGGGCCUCACAAAAACACAGGCCCAGAAAAUCUCCAGAUGCUCCAGUGCAGUGAGCGGACGUUCACGUCGAACAGAACAGGAGAAAAAAGAGUUGCAAAUCUGGAUGAAAAGAAAACGAACGGAAAGACUGAAUGAGUACCUCCAGAAGCUGGCUGAGCAAAGAGAAAAGGAACACAGUCCUUUUCAUUUGAGAAAGAACUUGCAGCUUGGAUAUACAUCACGGGACAUUAAACUGCAGCAAAAAAAGAAAGAGGAAAAAGAUAAAACCUUGUUGUCUGAGCAUCAUAACCUCCGGGUCUCCCAAGCUCUCACCCUGAUGCAUGAGCUGUUAACGGACACCAUGCCACUUCCUUCAAGUGAGCCUGAAUCGUCCUCUAAAACAAGGUUGCCUCAAGAUAGCAAGAGGCCGCGCAUCUCUUCUGCUGGAAGAUGCUACCAAACUUCAAGGAACAGCACUGCUUCCAGAGCUGGGUUGGAUCAGACAAGAUCCCUUUCCAGUCUAUCUUGUGACAUGACUCGGAGAAAAGCUUCUGAUCAGAGAAGACUCACAUCUACCAACAUAGCUACUCCAGCAACUGAAGAGAGUGAAGAGGAAGUGAGUGGUUGGAGCAUCCCCCAUGAGAUCCAGCAGAUAUUGUAUGGCAGUUCCAAUUCCCAUUUAGAGGGCCCUUUGCCUCCAGAAGAGAGUUUCUCUGUGGCUAGCAUGAAUAUCUUGGACAGUGUGUCUGAAAGUACCAGCAGCAUCCUCAGCAAGCUUGACUGGAAUGCCGUGGAGGCCAUGGUAGCAAAUCUGGAAGAAAAAUAAAGCCACUUCAAAGGACCUUAGGAUGGAUACUGUUUGGGAGCAUAACUCGUUAAAUUUUAGGGAAACGCACCACUGUGUUCAUACCAAUGAUGCUACAAGACAAAUCCUGUAUUAACCACUCUAUUACAACAAAUCCUAACCCUUCAAAUCAGUUAAUCUGGGAUCUGUAUAUGAAAUUGACUUGUGGAAUUAUGCAGGAUGAUGCAAUACCAACCUAGGUUUCUUGGAAGAUGCACAGGUGAAAUAAAUCUAGUGAACAAGACUGAGUGUUACUGUCAUUUCUGAAAGUAAUGAAGCAGUUAAGACAAUUGGUUGUGUAUGAAUUUCAAGAUUACAAAUGUAAUUUAUGAUUCUGCAUUAUGUUUUAUAAUUAUUAAAUAGCACCUUGCUUUUAAUAAAGUGUUUUUGCUGAUAA